CCUCCCUCUAUAAAACCGACAAGCCGACAACCAUGCCUUGUAAUUCACCAUUUCCAGUAUUAAUCCUGCUGAAAAGUGAAGUUACGUCAUUUGGAAUAUGUAUUAGCAUAUGCUGAAUAUCUAGCAUGGCAAAAAGACUCCGAUGUUGUCCGGUAUCAAGGCGAUUCUGGACGUAGGAUAUAAACGAGUGCGUUCUAUUUUUAGCAACUUAGUACGUUACUUAGUAUAAACAAGUUCCACGACGAGAGGGUGGUUAGUUAGGAGGUCGGCGACAGACAUGGCAGAGUCAGCACCCCGUAAAGAGGACACGGCCAGCUACCCCCGGGAGCAGAUCCUGGCCACUGUUUACGGCCAGGCUGUGGGGGAUGCUAUUGGGCUGCUGACAGAGUUCCUCACAAAACAGGAGGCGAAGGAGUACUACGGCAAGGUGAAGAAGCAGCUGGAGUUGGAACACAAGGAUCUGUGUGUGGACUCCCAUAGGAAGGCCUGGGAGGAGGGAGACUGGACCGAUGACACGGACCAGAUGAUACUCAUCCUGCAGUCCCUUACAGACAAUGAUGGACAGGUGAUACCUGCAGAUUUUGGUGGCAAGUUGAAGACUUGGUCAAAGAAAGGAUUCCCGGAACUGAAUGAUGAGCGGGGAAUGGGUCUUGGGAGAACAACCAAGGCAGUCCUGUCUCACCCCGAGUACCCCCAAGAAUCCGCAUCAUUUGAUGUUUGGGAGGCCAACCGUAGACAGAUCGCUCCUAAUGGCGCCGUCAUGAGGACGUCAAUUCUAGGGAUACACCAGUACUGGGACACUGACGCCGUGGCUGACAACGCCAUUGCUAUAUGUAAGACAAGCCAUUAUGACCCCAGGUGUCAGGCCUCGACAGUGGCGGUGUCCGUCGCCAUCAGCCUGAUGUUGAGGAGGCAGCCCCAGCACCUCAAGAAGAACGGCGACUACGACAUCGACAAGAUUAUACAGGAGUGCUUCAAUGUGGCUUCUUCCAAGUGUCUGGAGACAGACGAGCAGAAAAAGGAGCUGAAGAAGUACCUCGAAUGUGAGAAGAUAAAAAACCUGAAGCUGUGUGAGUUAGGAAAGAUCGGGUACACCUACAAGUGUAUGGGCUGCGGGCUCUGGGCUCUGAAGCAGAAGGACUUCAGGAAGGCACUGCAGACAAUCGUUAUGGAGGGAGGCGAUGCUGACACCAAUGGUGCUGUAGCUGGAGCUCUCCUAGGCUGUAAGUUAGGAAUGUCUGCACUUCCGGUGUCAUGGGUGUCAAAGCUGAAGCACAAAGAUUGGCUGGAUGAAAAAAUUGAAACGUUCCUAAAGAUUUUGGUGCGGAUGAAAGAGGGACAAGCAACCCCAGAAACAUCUGAUAAAGCAAACCAAGAUCCAGAAGGUCAUUGAAAGAAGAUAAAUCACUAACUGGCAUCGUUAUAAAUGAAACCCCGUCAUUAAAACUACUCAUUUCGACCUUUAAUUGACUUAAAUCGACCUUUUUGACAACAGUGCACAAUUCUCACC